CACCGUCACCCCUACUCUGUUUUGACAUCGCUCCUGUCAAAACUAACAAUUCAGACGUCCCCCGUCCGCUUGACUUAUCUUCGUAGCCGUCUUUGGAAGCCGCAUUCUGAUCAUCAAAAUAGAGCGAAACAGCUCCUGCACAUCUUGAAAAUAAAGAAUACACCAAAAAUGCGACUAAUAGACGAGAACCAUGGAAUUUGGAAUGGAAAUUGAAACGCAACAGGCCCUGAACCACAUCACUCAAAUCUCACAGGAUGGCCCGUUUACCAUAGCUCUGAACUCGAAUGGUGGACUCCAGCAAGUGGCGGAAAAAGAAAACAAGGCCCAGGAUGAUUUCAGGCCAAAAACAUCGUACUGGGAAGCUUUGGUGCACAUGUUCAGAGGAACCGUCGGAACUGGUAUCCUGGCCCUCCCGUUCGCCUUUAACCAAUCCGGUUACCUCGGAGGCAUCCUCGGUAUCAUUGCCAUCACCUACUUAGUCAACUACUGUUCCGUGCUUCUGGCGAUCUGCUCGAGGGAAUUGGGUAACAGAAAGAAAAACAACGCCGUCCUCACCUACCAAAGCACCCUAGAAGCCGCCUUCAAAGAAGGACCCGAAAUAGUGAGGCCCGUAGGGCCAUUUUUCAUAUCCACAACUAACAUACUUCUUAUCGGGACUCAACUGGGCAGCGUCUGUGUCUAUAUUAUAUUCAUAUCGUCAAAUGUCAAAGCAGCUAUGGAUCCGUAUAUCGGCGAGCACACAAUAAGGUUCUACACACUAUUUCUGGCCAUCCCGAUCUUGGCGAUGAGUAUGGUAAUCAGUUUGAAGAGGCUCGCUUUCAUAUCCACGUUCGGCAACAUAGUACUACUUUGCAGCGUCGUCGCCGUCAUGUACUAUUCGACGAGGGACAUGGCCGCUCUCUCGCAGGCGAGGAUGUUCGGCUCAGUCGCCCAUUUACCGCAAUUCUUCGGUGCAGUCUUCUUUGCCAGCGGGUGCCUCAGCCUGGUGCUACCUCUCCAAAGCGAGAUGCUCAAGCCGAAAAACAUCUCUUCGACUUUCGGCGUGCUCAACAUGAACGCCUUUCUCUCCGGGCUGCUCUACUGCCUCUUCGGACUCUUGGGCUACCUCAACUUCGGCGAGGAGGCGAAAGCCUCUGUCACACUCAACCUACCUCAACAUGAUUUACUGGGGAAAUUGGUACAGAUUUUCCUGGCCAUGUCGACGAUGACUGGAACCGCCCUCCAGAAUUAUGUUUCCGUCUCGAUAAUCUGGGACGAUUACUUGAGAUCCAUUGUCAAAAAGAAUGUGAUACUGGCGCAGUACUGCCUCCGCCUGGCCGUCGUGGUGUUGACAGUUGGCGUCUCUCUGCUAGUGCCCAACUUGGAGCUGGUCAUGUCAAUCAUAGGCACAUUGUCCCAGUGCACCCUCGGAACGAUCGUGCCCUGCGUCAUACACUUUCUCACUUUUCACAAGCAGCCUCAUCACUUCGGCUACGUGACCGCCUUCGCCAAGGACCUCAUUGUAUCAGUUUUCAGUGUUUUCAUACUCUUCUAUUCGCUCACCUCAGCGAUCAACGGGGCACUCAAAGGAACUUAAAGGGUCCGACCUCGCUCUGCUGGCCAAAGAAGUCGGUUUGGACCUAGUUUGGAUCUCUAAAUGUACAUUAUCGAAUUCCUGUGUAGUUUUCUUACAAUUCAUCCUUAUUUUUAAACCAAAUUUACUCCACAAAGGUGAUUUUUUAAAUAUCUAUGUUUAAAUAGUCCUUGUUUUAUUGGCUGCAUUCCACAUCACAAUUUACUUCAAGCAAGUUUCUAUAUAUUUCAUCCAACUGAAGAAAAUUGUAAUUAUUUUAGAAUUAGUAUUAUUUUGUUUUAUUUAUUAAUUUCCUCAUUUAUUCUUUCAUUUAAUUGUUCUCGUGUUCCUUAUUUUCUAGCACUCUUUAAUCCCCCUUUCUUUUUCUUUUCCUUGCUUGUCAUUUUCUGUUUAUUUUCUUUCACGAUUAUUUAAAAAUGUUUUAAAAAAACGAUUUUCAACGUUCUUUGUAUCAUUUAAAUCGCACAAAAUUUUGGAUUUUUAGACAUUCUCUUUUCUGUGAUGCUUUUGUAAAAUAUCUGGCAUUUUGAUAGAUGAGGCUGUUUCUUUUAACGAACUACGACGUAAAUAGAAUAAUUACUAGCAUAUCAAAAUCAGAUUAAAUAAUCUAUUAUUAUUAAAUAUUUCAUUCAUAUCACUACUAGAUUGUAUCUAAAUUCAUUUCAGCAAUAUUCGCAAUAUUUUUAUCAUUUAUAUUAUAAAUUUGAAAUUACCUUGAAAAAUA